ACCACUUUCACCUUAACGAUCACUCUCUCCCUCUGUUUUUGUUUCCUCUUAACGCAAGAUAUUACUGUUCAGAGAUCUCAAACAAAUCAUGUACUCUCUCUCCACUUCUUUUCUGGUCUUUUUCUUCCUCUUCUCGUUAUUCCACAACCUUCCUUGUGCGUACAUGGCUCCAAAGAAAUUAUUCAGGUCUUGUUUCUCUCUUUAUUAAUAUUUUUAUUUAUUUUAUUUUAUAUGAAUCUUUCACGUUUCCAAAACAUCUUGUAAUAGUCGAGUUUAUCUCCAAAGAUCAAUAAACGUUUGUUCUUUCCCCUUUCUUUUUACUGUGUUGAGAUUUACCCACAUAGAAGCCAAUGCCUAUGAGUCGUCUGGCUUUAAUAACGGUGAAUGAAGAAAACUUGGAGGAUAAUCAUCAUGUGGAGGUUAAAGGUAGGAGAAGGAAAAGGAAAAGAUCCUUAUUUAUUCAGCAGCAACAACUUCGUGGGACGUCAAACAUGGGAGUUUGACCCCAAAGCCGGCACACGGGAGGAACGAACCGCAGUCGAAGAAGCUCGCCGGAGUUUCUUCGACAACCGUUCUCGUGUUAAACCUUCCAGUGAUCUAUUGUGGAAAAUGCAAUUUCUAAAAGAGGCAAAAUUUGAGCAAGUGAUUCCGCCGGUAAAAAUUGACGGUGGGGAAGCCAUAACUUAUGAAAAAGCGACAAAUGCAUUACGGCGAGGAGUUGCUUUCUUAUCAGCUUUGCAAGCCUCCGACGGCCACUGGCCGGGAGAGUUCACCGGACCGCUCUGCAUGCUUCCGCCAUUGGUAUUUUGUUUGUACAUUACUGGACACUUGGAAGAGGUAUUCGAUGCAGAGCAUCGCAAAGAGAUGCUUCGAUAUAUCUAUUGUCACCAGAACGAAGAUGGUGGAUGGGGAUUCCACAUUGAGAGCAAAAGCAUUAUGUUCACUACCACGCUGAAUUACAUAUGCUUGCGUAUACUUGGAGUAGGUCCCGAUGGAGGACUAGAAAACGCAUGCAAACGGGCCAGGCAAUGGAUUCUUAGCCAUGGCGGUGUGAUUUAUAUUCCUUGUUGGGGAAAAGUUUGGCUCUCGGUACUUGGAAUCUAUGAUUGGUCUGGAGUCAACCCGAUGCCUCCCGAGAUUUGGUUGCUACCUUAUUUCCUACCAAUUCACCUAGGGAAAGCUUUUAGCUAUACCCGGAUAACAUAUAUGCCCAUCUCUUAUCUAUAUGGCAAAAAAUUCGUGGGUCAAAUUACACCUCUUAUUAUGCAACUACGUGAAGAACUACACUUACAACCUUAUGAAGAAAUCAACUGGAACAAAGCGCGACAUCUAUGCGCAAAGGAAGACAAGUACUAUCCCCAUCCUCUAGUUCAAGAUUUGAUAUGGGAUGCUCUCCACACCUUCGUGGAGCCUUUGCUUGCAAGUUGGCCGAUAAACAAACUUGUAAGGAAAAAGGCUCUUCAGGUGGCAAUGAAACACAUACAUUACGAGGACGAAAACAGUCACUAUAUCACCAUUGGAUGUAUUGAAAAGAAUUUGUGCAUGCUUGCUUGCUGGAUUGACAACCCGGACGGGAAUCACUUUAAAAAGCAUCUCUCUAGAAUUCCGGACAUGAUGUGGGUAGCUGAAGAUGGAAUGAAAAUGCAGUGCUUUGGAAGUCAACUUUGGAUGACGGGAUUUGCAGUUCAGGCUUUACUAGCAAGUGAUCCACGCGAUGAAACCUAUGACGUGCUCAGGAGAGCACACGAUUACAUAAAGAAAUCACAGGUUAGAGACAACCCAUCAGGUGACUUCAAGAGCAUGUACCGCCACAUCUCCAAAGGAGGAUGGACUCUUUCUGAUCGAGAUCAUGGAUGGCAAGUUUCAGAUUGUACAGCUGAAGCUGCUAAGUGUUGCAUGUUGCUUUCCACAAUGCCAACUGAUAUCACUGGAGAGAAAAUCAAUCUUGAACAACUAUACGAUUCUGUUAAUCUCAUGUUAUCUCUACAAAGUGAAAAUGGAGGUUUUACUGCAUGGGAACCUGUUCGCGCCUAUAAAUGGAUGGAAUUGAUGAAUCCCACAGAUUUGUUUGCUAAUGCUAUGACCGAGCGUGAAUAUACAGAAUGUACCUCAGCUGUGUUACAAGCUUUGGUUAUAUUCAAUCAACUAUAUCCGGAUCAUAGGACAAAAGAGAUCACUAAGUCGAUUGAGAAAGCAGUGCAAUUCAUAGAAAGCAAACAAUUGCGAGAUGGUUCAUGGUACGGAAGCUGGGGUAUUUGUUUCACUUAUGGGACAUGGUUUGCUCUUUGCGGCCUAGCAGCGAUUGGUAAGACAUACAACAAUUGUCUAUCUAUGCGCGACGGUGUACAUUUCCUUCUUAAUAUACAAAAUGAAGAUGGGGGUUGGGGUGAAAGCUAUAUGUCAUGCCCUGAACAGAGAUACAUACCAUUAGAGGGGAAUAGAUCAAACGUAGUGCAAACCGCGUGGGCUAUGAUGGCUCUGAUUCACGCUGGACAGGCUAAGAGAGAUCUUAUACCUCUACAUAGUGCUGCAAAAUUUAUUAUCACGUCGCAACUGGAAAACGGAGAUUUUCCUCAACAGGAACUAUUAGGAGCGUCUAUGAGUACAUGCAUGCUACACUAUUCUACAUACAAAGACAUCUUCCCACCAUGGGCACUUGCAGAGUACCGGAAAGCUGCGUUCAUACAUCACGCAGAUCUAUAGCUCUUGCUUUAUAAAUUGAGUUUAAAUACACACAAAUGUAUUGCCUUGUAGGCUGGUGGUCUUCCAUCUUGCCAGGCUCUCAAUUCGAUCCCUAUCUUUCUCAAUAGACUAUUCCAAAAUGAAAACAAAAUGUUGUAAUAUUGUAUUAGAUAUUUGAAUGGCGUUUUAGAUAAUAUUGGUUCAACGGUGGACCGAUCAUGUACUAUCUCCCAAUAUUUAUCUAGUCUUUAUAUUCCACCA